AAUGAUUCUCACAAAGUCUUCAGUAAUGCUAAAACCAUUGUAAAUCAUUGGAGAAUCCAUAAUGAAGAGAGAUCUUACAAGUGUAACAAAUGUGGCAAAAUUUUCAGACAUCGUUCAUACAUUGCAGUUCAUUGGCAAACUCAUACUGGAGAGAAACCUUACAAAUGUCAUGACGGUGGCAAGGUCUUCAGUCAAGCUUCAUCCUAUGCAAAAACAGGAGAAUUCAUACAGGAGAGAAACCUCACAAGUGUGAUGAUUGUGGCAAAGCCUUUACUUCAUGUUCACACCUUAUUAGACAUCAGAGAAUCCAUACUGGACAGAAAUCUUACAAAUGUCAUAAGUGUGGCAAAGUCUUCAGUCCGAGGUCACUCCUUGCAGAACAUCAGAAAAUUCAUUUUUGAGAUAACUGUUCCCAAUGCAAUGAGUAUAGCAAACCGUCAAGCAUUAAUUGACACUAGAGACAAAUCAGCAUUGAUUUGAGUUUGUAUUGACUUAACAUUCAGUUCAAGCCUUAAUUGACAUUAAAGUGUUUAUGUUAAGA